UCCACGAUUGUCUCCAAUCCCUUCUCACUUGCACAGAUACACUUCUAUACUACACAAGCACUUGUGAAUUGUGAUCUUCCAACUGCGCCUCGCAAUUCACCACAAAUUGUAGCUCCUUGCAGCUCAUCGUCAUGGGAAAUUGCCUCUUGAUUCAAGACAGAAAGGAGAUCAAGAUCAUGAGAGUGGACGGAAGCAAGGUCCUCAAGAUGCCAUCCCCCAGCAGCGUGAUGAAGGUCCAGGAAUCCCUCGCCGUCGCCAAGCCCCCGCCGGGUCACGACAUCUUCGGCGAGCCUCCGGUGAAGACGCCGUCGGCUGUCGCCGACCCGAGCGCCACCAGGGUGAAGCUGGUGAUCAGCAAGCAGGAGCUCAAGAAGAUGCUCGACAAGGAGGGCUUGUCGCUGGACGACAUGGUGUCUCUCAUGCGCAAAGAAGCAAGUGAUGGUGAGCAAGAGGGUUGCAGAGGGUGGCGCCCCGCUCUGGAGAGCAUACCAGAGGGCAGUGAUCCCUAGAACUAGAGAUGUUGCUAGUUCUCGUGCUUACAAGUUAAAAAGAUAAUUUUGGAAUAAGUGUAAGCAUAGCAUAUACUAGUUAUCAUAUAUACAUGUGAAUAUAUAGACAUAGAUAUGAUGUAGGAGUUUUGAGAUACCGAUUCUCUUCAUCUUUUCUUGCUGCUCACAUGCUUGUAAAGAAGAGGUAAAGAUGAUCCUGGAAAUCAAUCAAAUAGGUCUCUUAUAUAUAGCACGAUGUGUCUCGUCAGUUACCACCAAGCAAGCUUAGUUAUCAACAGGUACUGAAUACUUUCGUCAA